AUGGCCACAUUGACCCCCGUUGCUGUGACUCUUCCGAAGGACAAAGUACCGACUAAAAAGAACGUUAGAGACAUUAUCGGCACAUUCCUGACGGAAGAAUGGCCAUCUGUAGAUCCAGAGACUCUUACGGUGUCAUACCAUGCAUCUUUCGCCAACGCCCACUGUCCCGUGGAGCGGCCGAAACCCGCGACUGGCACACCUACUGACACCUUGAAGGUGUUCAUCAAAUUCCACACCGACGCCGGGGGAUCCCUCGAAAUCUUCAAGCCUCUAGCACCAACCAGACAUGAGGAAGCACUUUUCUCCUACGAGUACGGCCGAACUGGGCUGGGAGCGAAAGUCUAUGGCUUCUUCGAGACACAAGAUGGCACACUUGGAAGAGUCGAGGAGUUCCUGGAUGCACGUAACAUGGAACCGGAGGAUGUUGAGAAUUCGGUUAUCCGAGCGGAUGUUGCUAAAGGACUCGCACGAUUCCAUGUCCUGGAGACGUCACUGGAGAAAAAGACGGUGGAAUCAUAUUAUGAAGCCGUUAUCAAUGGAUUGGGGGGGUUACCACAAGAUGGACAAGUUGAAGGCACUUGGGGGAAAAGGAGGCGAGGAAAGACAGGAUGGUGUAUUCAUGACGUUCAAUUCAUGAACGUGAUGGUGAAAAAUGAUGCGAAAAAAUUGGAGAGCAAAGUCACACUCAUUGACUUUGAGUUUGUGAUGCAGAACUACCGGGCAUUUGACAUCGGUGGGCACUUCAUGCAAAAGAUGUUCAAAUGGUUUGACGAGGAGAACAGAAUAGCAAGUUGCAGGAAAUAUACCGAGGAGGAGAAGAGACAUUUCUGUGACGAAUAUGCCAGGCAGUGGAACAAAUUGACCGGGGAUACAGAUACUGGGGAUCAGGUGUUCCAGGAAUCCGAAUAUGGAUACCUGUUGGCCAUCACAUUUGAUAUUCAUAACAUGCUUUGCUUUAUGGAUGCCCAAGGCGACAAAGACCCCUUGAAUCUGCUUGGGCUAAACAAGCUGUUCGAUGAGUUUGUGGCUCAGUAUUCUAAGCUUAAUUUACAACUAGAAUAUAGGGACCUGUGA